GUCGCUGUACCGCGGAAGUGCGGUGCCGGCGGCGGGGCCGUGGCGGCGGGAGGCUGCUGUCGACAGGAACAAGUCAUCAGGAUGCCAGCACUGCCGCUGGAUGAACUCCAGCUGACAGAAAGGGAUCCCAGGACAGGGAAGCUGAGAACUUUACCGGCACUGCACCCAGAAAUCAAAGCGGAUCGGUCUUUUGUGCUAUACAGACCGCCACCUGUUGUCAGAGACCCUGCUUUAGUGGAAGAAUUCUUGGAGCGAGCAAAAUUCAUUGCAGAUGACCUGAACUGGCUCCUGGCUUUGCCUCAUGACAAAUUUUGGUGCCAGGUAAUAUUUGAUGAGACGCUUCAGAAAUGUCUGGAUUCCUACCUGUGCUAUGCCCCUCGCAAGUUUGAUGCGUUUUUGGAUUGCCAUCCGGAGGUGAAUGAAAUGCAGAAAUGUCUUCAUCGGAGCGUCUUCCUGACUUUCCUCAGAAUGUCCACUCACAAGGAGUCCAAGGAUCAUUUUAUCACGCCCUCCGUCUUUGGAGAAAUUAUUUACAAUAACUUCCUGUUCGACAUCCCUAAGAUUCUGGAUCUCUGUGUGCUUUUUGGGAAAGGAAAUGGUCUCCUGCUCCAGAAGAUGAUUGAAAAUAUCUUCACUUGGCAACCAAGUUACUUCAGUGACCUAGACGAAACUCUGCCCACCGUCCUCCAGGUGUUCAACAAUAUUUUGCAUAAGUGUGGCUUGCAGUGUGAAGGAGCCUCUGCUGAGCCCCAGAAACUGGAAGAAAGAGUAAACGUGACUCCGGGGAACAUGCCCCUCCAGGAGCUGAAGGAUAUCGUGCUGUACUUAUGUGACACUUGCACGACACUCUGGGCGUUUCUUGACGUCUUCCCAUUGGCUUGCCAGACCUUCCAAAAACAUGAAUUUUGCUACAGAUUAGCUUCGUUUUAUGAAUUGGCAAUUCCUGAGCUGGAAUCUGCAAUUAAGAAGAGGCAUUAUGAGGAUAACAGUGUUUUUGCGGAUUUGUGGAGAAGAAUUUCACAUUCCAGAAAGAAGAUGAUCGAAGCUUUUCACGUCCUAAUAAACCAAGUCUGUCUGCAGCCCAUCUUAGAAAGCAGCUGUGAGAACAUUCAGCCUUUUAUUGAGGAAUUUCUCCAGAUCUUCACUUCGGUGCUUCAGGAAAGGAGAUUUCUCCGUGACUAUGACGAGCUGUUUCCUGUUGAGGAUGAUGUCAGUCUGCUUCAGCAGGCGUCCUCCACGCUAGAUGAGACCAGGACAGCCUAUAUCCUCCAAGCAGUGGAAAGCGCGUGGGAAGGGGUAGACAGGAAAAAAGCCCAAAUCGUUAAAGAUCCAACACCACCAGCAACAUCUAAUGGAGCGUCAGCCGUCGUGGAGAGCCCUGCUGAGGACGUGGAAGAGCUCGGGGCCGCAUACGCGUCGGAGGAUGAGCUGCUGGUUCUUUCCGGUAAUGCCCCCCGUUCUGUUCGGUACCUGCAGUGCGCCGGAGCAGCUGCUGCGCCCAUUGCCAAGGUGUCAGGGGUGGAGCUGGACUCUCUGAUCUCUCAAGUGAAAGACCUGCUGCCAGACCUUGGGGAGGGCUUCAUCCUGGCCUGCCUGGAAGAGUACAGCUACAACACGGAGCAAGUGAUCAACAACAUUCUAGAAGAUAAACUGGUGCCGUACUUGGAUAAGCUGGACCGUACAAUGCAAAGACAGCUCAAGCCAGACCCUACUCCUCUAGUCACUUCUCGCCAUAAUGUUUUCCAGAAUGAUGAGUUUGAUGUUUUCAGUAGGGAUUCGGUGGAUGUUUCUCGGAUACAAAAAGGCAAGCGAGUGGUGUUGCUGCCUAAGCGUGACGUCGCGGUAGCGCUUCAAGAGGCGGAUCAGGUUGGGUCCCAUCGCACCAGCUGCCGUGCGGUCAGAGCACGUCCUGAACACCAUGGGACUAGAGGAGUUAUCCCACUGUUUUUCCUGGAAUUGGUGCCCGAAACAUUUCAUUGCGGCUCUUCUGCAGUCAUCGGACCAGCUCAACAGGAAACAAUUAUCAAAUACUUAGUUCAGUCUCAUGCUGAAUACCAACAGAAGAUGUUAUCCCAGCCUAGGAGGGAGAAGGACACGACCAGGAGUUUGCUGAACGACAAGCGCCUGGUUGCUGAGCAGAAGGAGCGCUACAGCCAGUACAGCGUGAUUGUGGAGGAGGUUCCUGUGCAGCCGGGAGAAGCUCAGCUCUACAAGGAGGACUAUGAGGACGAGUACGAUGACACUUACGAUGGAAACCAAGUGGGGGCAAAUGAUGCUGACUCGGACGACGAGCUGAUCAGUAGGAGGCCGUUCACAAUUCCUCAAGUCUUGAGACCUAAAGGACAGGAGGAAGGACAGGAGGAGGAGGAAGAGGAUGACGAGGAGGAGGAGGAGGAAGCCGAGAAGGAAAGAACAAAGGACCAUUUUGUGCAGGACCCAGCUGUGCUGCGGGAGAGAGCUGAGGCCAGGCGCCUGGCUUACCUUGCGAGGAAGGGGCACAAGCACGACAGCUCUGCUGUUGUUGGGAAUGUGAAGGGCCACGGGCAGAACCGGGAAACAGUGCAGGAACGAAGGAAGAAGGAAGCAAACAAAAGCACGAGAGCUAACCAUAACCGACGAGUCAUGGCUGACAGAAAGCGGAAUAAAGGCAUGAUUCCUUCCUGAAAGACUCUUAGCGCCGGUGUUGCAUCAUCCCCAGUCCUCUGCUUGGGAGGAGGCAGCUGUGCUCCGUUCCCUCGGCGUUCCCUCUGCUCGGGGGACUGGAUGUCGUGGUUCAAUACCUGGCACUUCAGCUCGCGCGGAGUCGCACGCCCUGCGAGAGGGCUGCCCGUUGAAGGACAGGAGCUGCCCUCCCUGCAGACCCUGACUGCUCUCCAGUUCAUAGAGCCGUGUGCGUGACAGCUCCGCGAUGCGUCGGACAGGCUGCACCAGCCCCUCGUUUCCUCUUGUACUAUUUGUAAUUCUGAGAAUUUUAUUUUCAUACCGGCUCCUUGUGCCCUCUCCGCAACUCAGGCGGGCUUCCAGGCCGCGCAGCGGGCAGCGCUGAGAGCAAGGCUUCCCUGGAACAGCCCUCGCGGCUUUCUGCUCCGCUGAAAUGCCUUAUCCCAAAGUACAACUUAAGGUUGAUAGGGAAACGCUCAGACUAUUCCCAUUGCCGAUGGACACAGAGGAGUCCAGGUGAAUAAGAUCUUACCAUAAAUUUCUAUCCCUUGAGUGAGGCGUGUGAAAAAAGAACGUGCAAAUAAAUGAUUUAAACCUU